AUGCCGCAGUCAUCGAAGUUCGCUCUCAGCGUAUUAAGGUUAUGUCAACGUCCUAUUUCAUCACAGUGUAGAGGUGUCGUACAGCGGCAACGUCUUAGGUUCUACAGUCCAACCUCAUACUUGGCUGCAGAAACUGUUUCGCCCACUCCAUCACCAUCCAGAGUCAGCUCAACGGCCUCAGCAAAUGGCACUGAGUCAUCCCUGUCUUCGCCUCCUUCUUCGAACCUUACCCUCAAUGAAACCGAUCCUAGCCGAGUAGACUGGUCCAAAUCCUUCCAUGGCUUGUCCUCAGAAGCAUUUCCUAAAGAAGCAGCCGACAUCCUACUUGCACCCCUCGACCCCGAAGUUGUUGAGAUCAAACCAGAUGGAAUCAUCUUCAUGCCUGAAAUCCAGUAUAGACGAGUACUAAACCGGGCGUUUGGACCUGGCGCAUGGGGUCUCGCACCACGUGGAGAGACUAUUGUUACAGACAAGGCUGUCACGAGAGAGUACGCACUGGUUGUAUAUGGCCGCCUCGUCUCGAUAGCCCGUGGCGAGCAAGACUACUUUUCUAAAGAAGGAAUUCCUACCGCGUCCGAAGGAUGUAAAUCCAAUGCUAUGGUCCGAUGUUGUAAAGAUUUAGGCAUUGCAAGUGAGCUGUGGGAGCCACGCUUCAUCAGGAAAUGGAAGGCCGACUACGCGAGAGAGGUGUUUGUCGAGAACGUGAAUUCAAAGAAGAGGACAAAGAUCUGGCUGAGGAAGGGUGAUCCAGUGGCUUAUCCUUACAAAGAAACCGGCGGUCCAGUCAGAAUGGUUUGA